AUGGCAAAACUACUGACCUUGUUGAUCGCAUUUCUUUGUAUCGUCGUAGCAACAACGGCUAAAGAUUGUGGCGGAUUCAAAAACAACGGUUGGUACAUGAACGUGGUGAAUGAGAUGUUGAACGAACCCAAGAUUCAGGUUCGUUGCGCAUCAAAGGACGAUGAUCUCGGCAUGAAAGCCCUUGGAUGGAAUGAAGGUCAUCAUUGGAAGUUUUGUGACACUCUUCUUGGUUUAAACGGUGCUACCGUAUUUUGGUGCCAUUUUUAUUGGGGUAAUAAAGAACAGCGUUUUGAGGUGUUUAACACGACUAUGAGACAUCAGUGUAAUGAGGUCGGUAAGGACUAUGAAAAACCGUAUUGGAGAUGCACUUGGAUGAUUCGCCAUACUGGGUUUUGGUUUAGAGAUAGGAGGAAGGGUUCCGACAAGCCGCGUGAUUAUAAAUGGUAUGACUGGAAGGUAGGCCGGAUCGCCUAG